AUGCUUUCGUGCUUACAUUACUUUCUACUAAUAUUUCCUUCUUAUUUUGCCCUACUUUUAAACUCACCUCCCGAGUAUCAACCUGGAUAUGGUUAUGUAGGCCCCGCUUGUGCAGUUUUUGAUAGCACACUUUUCCUGCAUGGCGUAUCUAAAAGAAAGCUGAAUGAUCAUGAGCUUCACAUUUUUCAAUCAUAUCAGCAUGAUUUGAGCGCUUUCAAAGAUUCAUCCUCUUCAUUUGAUUCGUUUGAAGCUUCGUUUCCGACAAUACCCAAGUUUUGUGGAGGUUAUGACGAUUCGAUCGAAGUGAUUUUGGAUUCCUGUAUUGUCAGAAACAACCAUGUAUAUGUUGGUGAUAAUCUUAUUCGCCCACUCACAAAUUUUGAGAAGCAAAAAAUUCAAUUAGUGAAGAUGAGAAGAAUGUACGGUGAAUUGAAAAAGAAGAGAAGCAGACGAAGUUCAAAGUCUUUACCUGAAACUCUCCCACAAAGGGAUUUCAGUGAGAUGCUUCACAAACUUUUGAAUAUCAAUUCUACAGUAACCUCGCGAUUUCUUCCUGUCGUCAGCCAGAGCCCCCUGUUCGCAAUGGAAGGUCGGUGGGAAAAUUUACUCGAAAUCGGGAAAGACAAGGAUAUGAUCGAAUUGUUAGCAGCUACUCAAUUCAAGCCACAACCACCUCCACCUCCUUCUCUUCCGGUCUCCCCAAUUGUAGAUAUCACGAGGAUCGAUUCACCGUAUAGAGCAAAGUUCACCACUAUGAAACCGAAAAAAUCACAAAAAGCGGAGAAGAAGAAAGAUGUUUUCACAACUAAAACUGCUGUAAAAACGACGACAACAACAGAAGCAACCACCACAAGUACUAAAACAAUUGCACCAACUACAACAACGACUCCACGUUACAUAUCUCUACAAACUCUCCCCCCAUCUACAACAACAAGACGUCCGAAUAUCGAAAGAAGUAAAAAGAUGCCUGAAUCUGCGAGACCGUCAUCAUCACUGUCAAGCGUGCAGACAGUUGUAGACCCGAUUAUUCUGAAAUUGAUUUCGAAGGCGUUGGAAAGAAAUGAGAUGAUUGAUGAGUAUGCAUUGAAACAAGCUCUAUAUAUGAGAAAUGUAGAGACUACUACAACUGCUCUUCCUCUUCGGUUCAUCAUACCGACGGCUCCUCCAUCGAACCCAUUUCAAACGUCUUCAAGAAUCGGAGGGCUUUCCCACAACCAUCUCUUCAUUCCUAAUCAACCUUUUACAACUCUCGUCUCUUCAGAUUCCAGAUACUCUGCCCCGAACCCUCUUUCUCAUAGACUUCCCAACGAGAUUUGCCGAGUUCAUAUGAAUUCUAACCCUUUCUAUUUUAAUGUGUGA